UUUCAUGAAACAUUGAAAGUAAGAUCUAAUCUUGCAUACAGAUUUGAGAUCCUUUGAGAGAAUUUAGAUAAGAGUUAUGGAGAAAAUUGAAAUAAGAAGUAUUGGAGUUAUAAUGGCCGUCAUGAUUCUAUCAAGUUUUGCCGCAGGCCAAUCAACAGAUAGCUUUUGGUGUAAUGCCUGGUGUAAAAUCAAAUGUGCAGAAGAACCAUUUCCUGAACCAAAUUGUGUGAAGAAUUGUGAAUCACACUGUUCAUCAUCUGAUCCAGUUUAUGGUUGUAUUACUGCUUGUCAGAAGUCUAUUGCCAUAAAAAAUGGUGGUGCUGGUCAUCUUGGGAAUAAUCUGAUGAAUACUUGUAUGCAAGAGUGUAAAAAAAGGUUUUAAUUUGUCACUACAAUUUCUGAGUGAGAAAUUGUUAGAAGAAAUAAUAUUUCCUGGUGAAUUAUGAGUAAUAAAUAUGAAUAAAGAUAAUAUUUCUUAUUUA